AUAUUUAUGCAAGCUUUUUAAAUACACAUGUACUAACCAGAUAAUAGAUUCUUUUUAAAAUUAUUUUUCAUUUGAAACGAAAAUCAAACAGCCAGCAACCUCAUCAGUGCAUGACAACUACUAACAAGCGAUGAUCAUCCAUUAAGGUAGAAACGUAACGUAACGUAACGUGUAUAGAGGAAUAAUCGAAAUCGACAUCAUGCUAAAUAAACUCGGGAGGCACCAUUAACAAAAGCCUGUUACUCUUUUAAGUAUUUUAUAGAGAAGAUGGCAAAAGAUGACCAGUGCAAAUUACGUAGUGACAAUAAUAAUAGCAGGAGUGAUGCUAGCAACAGAUAUAAAUAUGUGAAACGAACAUCGCUUGAGAGAAAAUAAUGCAUAACGGAAAUCCGUCAUGCUCAACAGAUGCGAAUAACAGCACAGUAGGUGCGCGUGCUGCUGACAUUUUAUAGUCGACUACAUGUCUAUACAUUACAGCAACAUAAUGACGAAUGACGAAAAUUGUGAAUUUUCUAAUAUUAUGCUUUAUGAGCAGAACUGAACAUAUAUAAAUUCCACGAUUGGUUUACUUUCCGCGACAUUCAAUCAUUAAAAAGAAACAUGGAAGCAGUCCAAAAUUUAACAUUCAUCCAACCUCAUUUGAUGAAGGGGAAAAUUUAAUUGUUUAUUCAGAUAUGGACCACAAUAAAGCACAUACACGACGCUUAUACACUGAGUAUCAAAAUUUAAAUUAUAAAUAGCAUUGGAGUAGACUGCACAUUUAUUAAAUAUAUAUAUGUUAUAUCUAACAACAAAUUAUCAGAAAGCACAACAUGAAUUAGGAACUGUCACUUUUCUUUUCUUUUUUUUCUUUUUUUUCUUCAAAUGAAUUAUCAAACCAAAAUUAUCAAUUUCCAUAUUCAUAGAAAUUCAAUUUCUGAAGACAAUAAUGUGACCUACCUUCUCUCUUUAUAAGGGAGUCGGCUGUUAUGUUUUGGUUUUUAGAGUUUUUUGGUAACGUAAUGUUAUGGGGAGGGAAUAUAAAUACAGUUUAAGAAUGAGAGGCUAAAGCCAUCUCAAGAAUGAUGUCGGUAGCGAUUUUUGGUCAUAUUGGUAACGGUGUGCAACUAGUCGCCAACAUGACAAAUGUAUAUCAUAAUACCUCAAUGAAAACAUGGAGGUUAUUCAACAAGGAAAAUACCAGCCAGGGGAACAGAAAGAGAGAAAUUAGAAACACUGCUCUUAUCACUCUCAAUUCAUAAAAAUAUUAUCUAAUUAACUGAAGGAAUUAACGUUUUUGACCACAGUUUUUUUGGGGGUUUUUUUACUUCUUUUCUUUGUAUUUUUUUUUUCCUUUCUUAUACUUGUCAGUGAAAAUAAAAAUUUAAAUCGUUUUAAUGUACGUGACUGAUGUACGCACCAUCAUCAGCAAGUUUCGGGUGUAGUGGUUGCUGUUGUAAAUAGCAGUAGUAGUCCGACAUAGAGAAGUACUGCUUCUUCUCCCGGACUGGAAAUAAAAUUGAGAUAUGUAUUCGUCUUAGAGCGCCCAUGGUAUAGUGCUUUUUUUCGGUUUUCCGCGUAUGUUUUCAGAGUGUUGACGCUAACAACAGUAUUCGUCUAUUCGUUGACAAAUAAACAAUCGGUUAUUAAAGAAUAAUUAAGCAAUUAUUAAUAUAAAACGAGAAAAUGACUUAGGAAGAAAGAAUCAAAGCUCUUCUUGCCGGGUUGUAGCUGAGAGAGAGAGAGAGGGUGAAGAGAGCAUCAGCAGAUAGGGAGUGAGAGUAAAAGACAGUGGAAUCGAGUGCGCAACGGGAUGAGUCUAGUUUUGCAUCAACCUGUUUGUGCCUGGCGUUAGUAUUAGUUCUUUUACUGCUACUUCCUAAGUUCGAGUUUAAAAUGAGAAAUUCGAUAUGCUAUCAAUAUUUAUUAAACAUUAUGGAUUUUUUUUUAAUUGAAAUAUUUUUUAUGAAUCCGUACAGUUGCUUGACAAAUUAAUAUUUUGUAUACAACUACCGACAGAUUAGCGAAGCUAAUUGGAACAGCCAAAUUAUCGAUCUUAUUAUUGUCGAAUUCUUAGAGUAAAUUCUAUCUCUUGUUACAUUACAAGAGAUCUUUGUUGUGCGACUUUGCUCCUCCGGCGAGUGCGUACAACUUGAAGGUUUACCAUGCGAAUCUUCCGAUAUAAUUUCUUACAUUUAUUUCUUGGAAUUUGUCAGCUUGGAUCUGUAUUUGCAACAAAAGAUGUUUCCGUUGGCAUCGGUGGUACCACGGUUGAGUCUCAGACAGACAAGCUUGUUGCACCUGGCCAAGAUAAUUUGGAAAGAAAAGAGUCUACGGCUGAGAAAUACAACUGUCCAGGUGCAUCAUUAGUCCAAGUGGACUUACUGAGACUUUCUUACGACUACUCCAUCGUUGACAUUGACAUUAUUCAACAUGUCAAGACAAAACUUAUCAUAAGAGAAAAACAGUCCUACAGCCGUGAAAUUGUUUUUGAUCUGGCUACAUCCUCAGACCAACCUCGAUCAAGGGUUCCUCAUCUGGAGCACCGCUUAAUAAAGAAAAAUGAUUCUUUAUUAUUACAAGUCACAGUUGGAUCUGCGGCUAGUUCUCAACCUUAUAAGAUCUCCAAUGUGGUUCUAGCAAUCACAAUCACAGCAGGAAUUCUGUUGUGCUUUUUGAUUAUGGUGUUACCUUAUCUAAGGAGGAUUUACAUUGAGGAUCAUGCACUAACCCAGGAUGAUAGAAGUGCUGUAUAUGUUAUAAAUAAAGGUAAACAGGGAAAACUAAGCAAGCUACCAUCUGAACACAAAGACAGAAGGAAAAUCAGGGAUCAUGUGGUAAGUAAACAUUUGCAGUUUGAAAUAUGAUAAACCUGAAUUGACAUAUGAACAUGAAAUCUAAGUUGUAAGUAUUCCCAUAACAUUGAUGGCAUUGCUUGAAAGUAAACAUUUCACAACAUAUAUGUAUGUACGUAUAUUAAAAAUUAGUAGUAGAGUUAAGUUUGUAAAGUUUCAGCUAAUUUAGGAGAGAACAUAUUUACCUUGUACUGACAAUAGAAAUAAUUUCAUGCAAUGAACUUUCAAUGAACUGGUUAAAGUUUUAUAAAGCUGUACACACACACGUGUGUGUGUGUGUGUGUGUGUGUGUGUGUGCGUUAGAUUUAGUUGUAUUUGUCACAGUGCUAACUUCAUUUUCUAACAUCAUUACCAUGUUGGAUACAUCAUUAUUAUUGCUACUAUCGCAAUGUGACUGCAGCAGGUGUUUUUCGUUUUGGUUGGAAGUUCCUUUCUUGACUGAUAGAUAGAUAGAUAGAUGGAUAGAUAGAUAGAUAGAUGUGUAUAUCUCUCUGUCUGUGUCCUAGUGGUUACGCUGUUGCACUCAUGAUUGCUAGAUCAUGGAUUUGAUUCCCUGAUUGGGUGGCUAAAACACUUCCUUUCAUGUUAUUCCAAUCCCUCUUUCAGUGGGGAAUGUUGGUCUAUUCACCUAGC